UGUUCGGAGAAUACAGUGAUUACUUUUCAAAGUGUAAUUAACCUCUGAUCGUGUGUUUCAGAUAACUUCGUCGAUAUAUAGCGUUUUGAAAACCAGCGAAAGACCUGUCGCUGAUCUUGCGUAACUAUCGGCAAAUAUAAUUUAUCCGAUACGAGGCAAUGAAAAAUAAAAGGAAACAAUGAACGUCAACGUUCUAUUGAUCGAUUCCCGAUACGGUAUCGAAUUAUCUAGUUGAUAACUUUGUAGCGACAUUGUAGUUAUUCCAUCGCGUGCCGUCGUGUUUACUCUUUAUUCAUAACGUUUGUUCUAAAUUACGUCACUUAUCCCUUUGAUUGUAUCUCUAUGGCGAAGUUCUAUGGGUUUUUGCGAUCAAAACAUUGCAAUUUCGAUCACGCUGCUGCUAUUUUAUAUUCGCGUUUUCCCUCGAAGAACAUAACGAUGACUAAAUUCGUGAAACUACAAUCGAUAUUCUAAUCUAUGCAAAUUCUCCAUAUUCCUGGUAAAUACAUCGAAUUCCUACUAGCAAUUUGUAACGUUGUAUCGGUAUUUCAUCGUGAAAAAGGCGCGACGUGAUUCUCAAACGAUUCUAGGAAUUUCUUGUAAACUCGGAGAGCUAGAACCGACGAAUACUCAUUAUCGCGCGAUGCAAUUCGGAAUUCGAAAGAUAAUACACGCAUCAUUGUCAUCGUUCGGUAGUUUAUCGAGAGAUUGGCGUUGCUACGUUUGAGUAAUGAAAUCGCAGCCAAACAACGCGAGAAUUGAUCGUAAUUUCAACAAAUAAAAAAAAAAAAAAAAAAAAACAACGUCUGUAGAAAUUGGUAGAGGUUGUACGUGUAUGUAAAUUCCGGGGAAUUCCGUUCGCUCUUAAAGUUUAUGGUUUAUCUCUCUUUCUCUUUCUUUCUCCCUGAUUUCGCUAUCGUUGCGUGUUUCAAAAUCAAAACAUCGAAACUGGGGAAGAGUAACGUCGUAUAUAUCAGUUGGCAUUACGUGAAUCGUAAUCUAUUUGAGCGACGCUUAAUUCUUGAUUUCUUCGUGUACACGGUGAUUCGGAAGUUCCUUUAAUUCGAAACGAAUCGUAAUCUAGAUUAUGUUGGCGAAAUGAUAAAAUGAUAGAAAGUGAUUUUCUACCUCUGGUAGCGUUUGAUGCUACCAGCGCGAAAUGGAGGUCAGCCGUUAAAUAAUUUACACGUUGUGGUUGAGCGAUUAUUUAAAAAUAUGCGUGUUGCGUAACAUGCGAAAACAAGCUCGCGUUACUCGGCAUCGUUCGUUUAAUUGGUCAUUAUUAUUAUAAAGGAAACAGGGAAUUUUGUCGUUGGAACGAUCGUUUUCGGGCAGCGCUUCAUCGUCAAUUUUAUUACUAACGACUUAUUGUUCCGAUGGUCGAUCGCGAAACCGUGUUACGGCAAGCCUUUUACGAUUAUAGUGGCUAUCGAAGAUUCUUAACGACGCUAACGAUAUAACUUUUUUCUUGCUUGAUCGAUGGGCUUUUAGUUCUAGCUAGCGCGACACACGUGUAAUAUUAUAUGUAAAUGCUCAUUCGCUUUAAAUACAACUGAGAGACGUAUAAUCUACUGAACCGAUGUAUCGAUUACGAGGACAGUGCAAGGUUCGCGUUGCCAACGAGAAAAUUACUCGAAAACUAAAUUUGUCAUCGAAAAGAAGGUCUAGACACGCGGGUUAUAUUUGUAAAAUCGUAUAUCGGAAAAACGAUGAUACUGCUUCGAUUAAUGCUUGAUCGGUAGAUUUUUCAAAAUACGCCUAUUUGCUAGUUUGCUUAUCGCUACGGCAAACGUUCUUGAUCUCUGUGGACACGUUUUACGAUUUUGUACGCUCGAACAAUGUUAGACGCGUAAAUUGACAGUCCGUAGCGGUACACAUCUGCGUAACAACGAGAAUUUUCCGUAACAGGUCACUGUAUCCAGCAGGCCACUUAAACGAAAUAAGCGUUUAUCGCGUAAAAUAAUUAGCGCUACGGUAGUACCACUUAACGAAUGCCAUUCGCGAUGAAGGCUAAUUGAUCAAAAAUAUGUAUAUCGAUUGUUGUGAAAGCAGACUUGUUAAUUGUUCCAUAUCAUCGUUAUCGUUGUUGCAUAUUUUUCCUGUCACUUCGUUACAGAAAUAAGAAUGCAGAUAUUUUGCAGUGAAAUUAUUGAAAUAAUUUGAAUCUGAAUAUUUGAAAAACUCAGGCUGUUUAUCGAGGCCAGUCUACUUCACUUUUUCUACAUAUUUUUUCUACAAGAAGUGGAGCAAGGUCUAUCGAAUAAUUAUCUCGUCUGCAACGAAACGAUGAAAUUAUUUCCACUCGAUUUUUAAUAAAAAUUACCACUUCUUGAACGCCUAUUAUUACGAUUAAGUAAAACGGUUAGACACCCGCCUAUUUUUUUUAGGGAACAAAGAUAAUAACACGCUUUACGUAACCUACGAUGAAAUGAGAUGUACCGUUAGAUCACGAAUUGUAAUUGAAAAAGAGCCGAAGUAUAAUUGAAUUCGCAUAUUAUUUUAUCGUUAUUUAUUUUAAUUUAACGUUAUUAUUUUCAAAGUAUAAUUGGCUAUGUGGCAAAAUGAAAUAUCGUCCGAUUAAAUUUCAACUGUUGUAUCUUUUCCUAAUCGAAAAUUCAGAUAACUCGAUAUUCUAUAUAUAUAUAUAUAUGUUUGUAUCGAGAUCGGUCAUUCUAAAUUAUCAUUGAUUACUGAAGAGAAAGGAGAUAAGGGCCAGAUCGUAUUUUAACGAAAGUAUCCACGCCCAUAAAGAAACUCAGUCGAUGGUAAAAUUGUUAACAUCGCGCGAUUUAGCUUUAAAUUUAUCGGCUUCGUACAGAAAAGGCCGACCAUCCAUCCGUGCACAGACGCGUAUGUGCGUGGGAGGAGAGUUAGAACAAUUUUCUAGAACGUGUUCGAUCUAUAGCGCUAAUACAUUGAAAAUAUUGCUGAGCUUCGCAGUCGGUGGCCUUCUGGGCGACGUCUUCCUGCAUCUGCUACCGGAAACAUGGGCGAGCAGUUCUUUGAACAAAGCAGCGGAUGAUGGACAUCCGUCGAUGACGUGCGGUCUAUGGGUACUAGGAGGCUUCUUGGUAUUCGUCAUAGUGGAGAAACUGUUUGCUUUCGAGCAAGAAGCUGAAAUCGAGGAUACGUCCAUAAAUAACGCAGAACUGUGCGAAAAAACUAGCACUGAAGCUGAAAAGGAGAUGGAAAAUAACAACUGUAUUAAUUUGAUCGGAAGCAAUCCGAAGAACGGUUUUUCAAAGCGACUUCCCAAUGAAUUUUCGAAAGCCAUUAACGAGUUGCGGCCCUUUUUAGAAAAGAAAAACGGAUACUCCGAACUGCCGAAUAAUUUCAAAGAUAACCAUAAGAACGGCUUCGUUAGCAACGGCAUGAAGCCAGUAUUAAUGUGCAACGAGUUGUCGAAUACCCUAAAAGGUUUGCCGUUGAACGAGGUAAAAGAUUGUUUAAAGAAAUUUGCGAAGAACGCUAAUGGUUUUUCAACCGAGUUGUCGAAAGGUUAUUUAAAAAAAGACAAAGCGGGCAAAGCUUCUAGCGAUAAACAGAUUGUUGCGAAACAAAAGUCCAAGCAUAUAACUGGCUAUCUUAACCUGAUAGCCAAUAUCAUAGAUAACUUUACUCAUGGAUUGGCUGUAGGCGGCUCUUUCCUCGUAUCCUUCCGUUUAGGUGCUCUCACCACGUUUGCUAUUCUCAUACACGAGAUUCCGCACGAGGUCGGAGAUUUCGCAAUUUUAUUACGCAGUGGAUUCAACAGAUGGGAUGCUGCGCGGGCGCAGCUUCUCACAGCUAGCGGUGGCAUUUUUGGAGCCAUGUCUGCAAUAAUUUUCUCUGGCGGUGAAGUAGGAGCGAAAACAAAUUGGAUAUUGCCCUUCACCGCGGGUGGCUUUCUUCAUAUCAGCAUGGUCACCAUUUUGCCCGAACUGCUUAAGGAAACUACUAAUCCUAAAGAAUCUUUGAAACAAAUAGUCGCGUUGCUCUUUGGUAUUACCAUUAUGGCAUUUUUAACGAUUCUUUUCGAUUAAUAGAGUUACUUCUUUUAGCAAUAGCAUUAGAUACUACUUGUCGAUAUAUAUCGACACGUAUCGAGUGUAAGUUUUUGUUACAUUAACGUUCCUUGAUACGUGUCGGGACAAGUAAUUCGAAUUUGCCAUAAGAAAUUCUACCGCGUAAUACUUGUUGCUCAAUGAUGGUGCAUCCAUGCCGGGAGACAGAGGAAACGAAGAACGAUGGUUAACGACUGACCAAAUUCAUGUAGAAGUUACUUUUGUACUGAUUUUUAUUUCAUAUAAAACUUCAUAGUCAUCUGUAUAUUUGAAAUAAGUUCACGUUUAGAUAAUUCGAUAAAUAAAAAUAACGUCGAUCUCCUUCUGCGGUAAUUAAUGUUCUUCUGAUAGCGAGAGACAAAGAAAACAGGGAUAUCUGUACAAGUUACUUUUAUAUUUUUCGAUCGUUUAUCGGGGAUCGUAUUAUCGGCAAUUCGGUAUUAUCCAUCUACAUUGUUGCAUUAAGGGAUACUCUGUUACAAACCUGGCAUAGUUUAUACAUAAAUAUACGUAUGUUCCUCCAUAAACAAUCGAAAACUUGUUGCAUGAAACGUCAUUCCGUUUCUAUGAUAUCGACUUAUUUCGCACUUAAACUUCGUUAUCUAGGCGUUACACUGUGAAACCAGUAUUGACGUGUGACUUUCACGUUGUAAAACAUCAUCGUGUACAUAAUAUCUAUGCUUCCUCGUUUACUGUUAAAAAAUAUUGCAACUCAAAAAAAGAUUGUAAAUUACUCAAAAAGAAAAUAGUAUAUUUUGUGGGUACAUCUAUCGGUUUGUUCGAUCAUUCCGACAAAUGUAUAAUUUAAGUUCCUAAUGUAUCGAACUCUUAACUACCUUAUUGUGAAAGGAGGAAAUAACAUAUUCCUGAUGAUGAACAAUAUGCGAAAGAUAUUAUGUAAAAUCUGUAAAAUUGGUAUGUAGAUAUAGAGUCAUUGUAUUUAAUAAAAUUUGAAAGAUUAUGUAAACUCAAGUAUUUUAGAGAAGUUUACGAAUUAGAUGAGUUAUUGAACGGAGAUUCCAUCUAUUCUCCGUAGUCUCGUGUAUUAUCUAAAGGUGCUGGUUUUAUAAACCGAACAAAACGCAAUCCUUGUACUUAAAGGAUUAUUCUUUUACAACAAAAACCUUGAUACAUGAGCAUCGUUUUUAAGCACAUGUAAAUAGAAAUUCGGAAUUACGAAGCUAGUUUAAUCAGCGAUUUGGCAAGUAUAUUUUCUAUAAACUAUGACUUCACGAACAAACUGUUCGUAUGUAAUCACUAUUAUUUGUAAAUAAAGUAUUUUAUUCUAUGAUAUA